AUGGAGCACGACCCCAAAGUCCCGAAAUAUCAGACGUCCGACCCGACCUCAUUUGCCUUCAAGUCGGCGCGGGAACGGUGGCCGGCAAUCAUCACGGGGGCCAUCGACGAUGUGCACCGUACAGUUGCCUCGCUGCCAGCCUCGGAGACGGAGAAGGAAGCCAUCGCGGAAGGCAAGUCGAUCGUGGCCGCGCUGGGGACGCUCAAGUACGAACUGCAGCACAACCGGGUGAUGACGCUGAUCCCGUACGACGGGCAGGGCGACGUCGAGAGCUACAACGCCGAACUGGAGGCGCGGGGCCCGCCCAAGUGGCACGAUGUGGAGUGGCUGUUUGCGGAAUGCUACCUGUACCGGCGCAUGGCGACGCUGUUCAGCACGGCCAAGACGGGCUUCUGGCAGCGGUACGACGUGUUCCAGCGGCAGAAGAUGAGCACGUUCCGGUCGUCGCGGCCGGCGGUGUUGGAGCUGGCGGGCCGGUACCGCGACAUCCUGACGCAGAUCCGUACGUCGCGCGAUCACGGCGUGGUCGAGGCCCAGGACGCGCAGCAGGAAAAGGAGGCCGAGAAGCUGCUGUUCGUCGAAAUGGCCGAGGUGUGUCUGUGGGGGAACGCCACCGACCUCAGCCUGCUGACCAGCCUGACCUACGAGGAGCUGCAGAAGCUGCAGGGCAGCCAGGCCCGCAAGGACUCGGAGGCUAAGGUGCUGGUCAACGACCUCGGCCAGGCCUUUGAGGUGCUCUACGCCGCUGCCCACCAGGCCGGCGAUCCCGCUACUGCUCCCGCUCCCAGCAGGCGCGUCGACAUCGUACUCGACAACGCCGGCUUCGAGCUCUUCGUCGACCUCAUCCUCGCCGGCUACCUGCUCGCCACGGGCCUCGCCACCGAGGUUGUGCUGCACCCCAAGAGCAUCCCGUGGUUCGUCAGCGACGUGGUCCCGGCUGACUUUGCCGCCCUGCUCACCGCCAUGCAAGACCCUCGCGCCUUUUACACUCCCACUGCUACUGACGGUGAUGGAGCUGCGCCCGCCGCGCCCCUGUCCGACCACGACGCCGCUCUGGUUCAGUUCCUCUUCGACGACUGGAGCCGCCUUCACGCCGACGGCCAGUUGAUUCUGCGCCCGUCCCGCUUCUGGACCCACGCCGGCAGUUUCUGGCGCCUGCCGCACACCGCGCCCGCCGUGUUGGACGAUCUCAAGGAGAGCCAGCUCGUCAUCUUCAAGGGCGAUCUGAACUAUCGCAAGCUGACUGGUGAUGCAGCAUGGCCCGCCACCACCCCGUUUGCCACCGCCAUCGGCCCGCUCGGUCCGGCAUCUGGGGUCAGAACGCUGGCGCUGCGCACGUGCAAGGCCGACGUGGUGGUCGGCUUACCCGAGGGCAAGGACGAGGAGAUCCGGGCCACGGAAGGCGGCGGCGGCGAUUCCGGCGCCAGGGCCUGGGCUUGGAGCGGGAAAUGGGCCGUCGUGCAGUUCUGUGAUGGCAAGGUCUGA